AAAAAAAAAAAAAAAAAAAAAAGGAAACAGUGACUGGUUCGUUUAACAACCAAUAUUGAUCGAAGUUAGAAUCUCUCUCUCUCUCUCUCUCUCUCUUAAAUCAUAAGGUUUCCCUCCAUGUCUGCCUCUGUGUUCCCAAGGAGGAGACUUCUUCAUCAAUCUUCAAAUCCAGUCACCCCUGAAACGAACCCAUGUUUCCAUUUUUCAGUUACUUUCUCUCUUUUCCCUUCCUUCUUCACCUUCUUCUUCUCUCUCUCCCUCUCCUCCUUUCCUUCCCUCUCUCUAGUCUCUACUAGCUGACUGCUAUGUAAGGUUGUUUUGUAAAUACAGUGGAGAUCGGAGGGUGUUUUAAGUAGUAGACAUAGUGGUCGUAUUUGCGAAGUACGUCAUAAGCAGUAGAAAGCCUCGUAUUCCUUCUGUAGGUUCCUACCAAAAAAAAAAUCCUUUUUUUCGUCUCUAAUGACUUUAUUAGUCUAGGAUACCCCUGGGCUAUAUAAACACAACUAAGAGUGGAAACCUAGAAGGCUAGAAGUCGCAGAAGUUUGGGUUGGGGAAGUUGCUUCUUCUUAGAGAGAGAGAGAGAGAGAAGGGAAGAAGAUCUGGUAACUAUAAAUCUUCUCCCUGCGGAAGAGGGAAAAGGAGAGCAGCUGAGGAGGAUAGCUGGAGACGAAGGGAAAUGGAAUUAAAGGUUUUAUGGAGCUUGUGUCUGGUCAUUAUUUGUAGCUGCUUGUUUGGAUACAUGUACAUCAUUGCGUGGGUAAAGCCUGAGAGGCUUCGAGAGAAGCUGAGGAGACAAGGUAUCAGAGGGCCUCCACCUUCUUUCUUUUUAGGGAAUGUCCCUGAGAUGAAGAAGAUCCAAUCACUGGUGGCAUCAUCCAAUUCCAUUUCCAAGGAUGUUAGGAUCAUUAAUGGAGAUAUCGCAGCCCACGAUUACACCUCUACUCUCUUCCCAUAUUUUGAACAUUGGAAAAAACAAUACGGUCCAAUAUACAUGUAUUCAACAGGGAGCAGGCAACACUUAUACGUGAAUCGCCCAGAUCUAGUGAAGGAGAUAAGCCAGUCUUCGUCUUGGGAAUUAGGUAAGCCGUUAUAUGUAGGUAAAGCACUUGGGCCCAUGCUGGGUAAUGGCAUUUUAAGGUCCAAUGGUCAUGUUUGGGCCCAUCAGAGAAAAAUCAUUGCACCCGAGUUCUUCAUGGACAAGGUUAAGGGUAUGGUGGGCCUUAUGGUGGAGUCUGGGUUGGCAUUGAUCGGCAAAUGGGAGAAGCGAGUAAUGGAAUCUCAAGGAGGGAUUGCUGACUUAAAGGUGGACGACGAUUUGAGGAACUUCUCAGCGGAUGUCAUCUCUAGAGCUUGCUUCGGGAGUAGCUAUUCGCAGGGCAAGCAGAUUUUCUCAAAGCUCAGGACCCUUCAACAUACAAUGUCCGAGCAAGGCUUUCUGUUCAAGGCAACGAGCUUUAGGUAUUAUAUAUGGUCCUUCUAACUCUCUCUACUACAACCGGGCCAAUUAAUGGUCUAAAAGUACAUCUCAUGCUCACUUUUAGUGGAAAGUGGGAAAAAUUGGGGUUUAA